AAAACUAAAAGAACUUCAACUAUCGAAGUAAAACAACAAUAUAUAUGCUUAUGUGCACACAUAUAUAUAUAUAUAUAUAUAUAUUGUUGUACAACUGUGAACACAGCGUAUUCCACUAUAUUUACUAUUAUUAUACGUAUAUUUACACUAUGUCACAUGUGUUACGUAGUUACAAAUGAUUAACGUAAGAACGUUUUUCAAUAUGUUUACGUACAUCUAUCUAUGCAUGCAUAUGCAUAUAAAGGCAUUUAAGCGCAAAUACUUCUAUUAGUGCAGUACGUGUCGUGGCCAAAGGGUAGUAAAAUUUAUUUAUUUAUACGCACACUAAUACACGCAAAGAUAUAUCAUGUACGUACAUAAGAGAUAUGCAAAUUAGAUGUAGAUGCAAUCACUAGAAUAGUGUAAGUAAAUAAAGUGAUUAUCGCAAAUAAAUAAAUAAAUGAAAAAGAAAAGGAAAGAAAAAAAACCGAAAAAGAAAAGCAAAAUAAGUGAUAAAAUGAAAAAACAUGCACAUACCUAUUUUUUGCAGAACUAACAGUGAAAUUUAUUCGAAAACAAAACACGCAAUUGCAAUUGCAUUUGCAAUUAAAGAAGAACAACAACCUCUCCUGUAGAUUACUACUGAUAUUUAAUAAACAAGUUCUCGGGCAACCUAUCUCGCUACCAGGAAUCAUUUGAUUUAUACGAUCAUUUCGAAUGCCAAACUAAAUCAGAUCGAAAAAAAUAAAAGAAUGAAAAAUGAAUGAAAUGAAAACAAUAAAAAAAUAAAAAUGAAUUUAGGUUUUAAAAUCAAUCACAUGAGAAAACUUGUAUAAGACUCUUCGAUGAUAACUACAGCCAACGAGUAAUAUUUUCCGAACUACUUACGGACGGACACAUCUUUUACUGAUGUCACUGUAUUUUAAAGAAUAGCUUAGAAAAACAUAGAAAAAAAAAAAAGGAAAAAAAAAGAAGAUUUCAUCAUGAACUGCUUAAAUUCAGAUGCGGUUAAUACAGAAAUUGUUAUUCAAUCUCGAAUUCAAGAUGAUUUAAAUCAUAAAGAAGAGCUUAAAACGAAGACUAAUCAACUAGCCAGUGAACAUAAUGUGGCAGCAGAUGCCGCAUUUGAAGAUGUAGCAAACUGUGAUAUUGAAACAAACAAUGAAAGCCAUGAACCUAAUAAUUAUGCAAAUUGGUAUCGAGAAGAUGCGACAUGUUUGCCUAAGGACAACUUAACGCAUCUAGAUUCUUAUUAUUCGGAUUAUUCAAGCAAUGAGCAAAACGAUUAUCCAAAAGAUUUGACAUUAUCUCAUGAUAGGAGAUAUGAUCAAAACGGGAUUGUACUGGUGCCACGUUCGUCUUCAACAAUGCAUUUGAAUUUCUACGUUCCGUCGAUUUCUACGCCGUCAUUUGACGCAUCGCAACCAAAAAACGUUUCGCUACUGAACACCGUCAGCAGGCAUGCAUCGGACAUAGCUGAUACGAAUCCAAUUUCGAUUACGGAUAAUUUUCAACCGAAUAUGUGGCAUCCAAAUAUUCCGUUGGGAUCAUAUCGUUCGUAUUCAAGUCAAAAUUAUGGACAAUUACCUCACGAGCACUUGAUUGAUAUGUUUCAGCUGACAAAUAGUGGUCGGGAGGCACGAAAUCGUGCUGAAAAGAAUCGUCGUGAUAGACUAAAUGGCUCAAUACAAGAGUUAUCGACUUUGGUUCCUCAUGUGGCCGAGUCGCCUAGACGAGUAGAUAAAAUAGCCGCCCUGAGGUUUGCUACGCACGGCUUGCGUUUAAAACAUGUAUUUGGCAAAACCUCAAGCAACCAUUCUCCUCAAACAACAGAUGCCUUAAUGAAAUUAUUAGAUAGUUUCUUUUUAACGCUAACUUGUAAUGGACAAAUUGUUUUGGUCUCGUCUAGUGUUGAACAACAUUUAGGUCAUUGCCAGGCGGAUUUAUACGGUCAAAAUAUUUUAAGUAUAACACAUCCCGAAGAUCAAAAUAUGCUUAGGCACAAAUUAAUACCCACUGAUUUGGAGACACUCUUUGAUAUACAAUCUGAUGAUGAAAUUGAUGAACGUAGAGCACGUACAGAAGCCGAAGAGGAAGAUAUUGAUCGUAGAUUACGAGAGGAUAAACGUAGCUUUACAGUUAGAUUAGCAAGAGCCGGUCCUAGAUCAGAGCCAACCACAUAUGAAUUGAUCAAAAUUGAUGGUAAUUUUCGGCGAAGUGAUAUGGCUCCGAGAGGCUUCAAUCCAGGAUUAUGCCCCGUAAAUAUACCAUUAAUGCGUCGCGGUCGCAAUCGGGAGGACGCUUUGCCAUCACAUGCAAUAGGGGGAAACGAUAUUGAACUAAUCGCCGUUGGUCGAAUUGUAAGACCACCUAACAUACAUCGUUCUAUCGAAAAUCAUAAAUUGGAGUACAAAACUCGUCACUUAAUCGACGGACGCAUUGUUGACUGCGAUCAACGCAUAAGUAUCGUAGCCGGUUAUAUGAAAGAUGAAGUACGUAAUCUUAGUCCAUUCACUUUCAUUCAUCAGGAUGAUGUGAAAUGGGUCAUUGUGGCUCUGCGACAGAUGUACGAUUGUAAUAGCUCGUACGGCGAGUCUACUUAUCGUCUCUUUACACGCAACGGUAAAAUCAUUUAUUUACAUACAAAGGGUUUUCUAGAAAUUGAAAAAGAGACCAAUAAAGUGCAUUCUUUUAUCUGCGUUAAUACUCUGCUAGAUGAAGAAGAGGGCAAGCGACGUGUGAUUGAUAUGAAAAAUAAAUUUUCAGUUAUUAUUAAUAAGAAAAUACCUCAGUCAUCUAUUGAUGUACCUGCGUCAGAAAAUCCGCAACAAUUGGAACGAGCCGUUUUAUGCUUGAUACAAAAUUUACAAAAAACGACUUCUGACGAAAAUAUAUCGGAACGGCAAACCGCAAGUAACUGUACAAAAUACACGAACUGUAAUCACGUUUCAUAUCCCGAACGUAUAAAUUCGAAUUUAGCGCAAAUACGUUGCAUUAAAACACCGCCAUUAGCAUUAGUGCCACCGGCACCUGAAACGAUAAAACCAUCAAUAGUGAAAAGUGUUGGCGUUGUUAAGCUGACCGCAGCCAAACAUUUACGCGUUGAUAAUGAUCAAUCGCCGAUCGACCUUAAUACUACAACUAGUUCCAAAAACAUUGAUCAAGCGAAGCCAGCAGAUGUCCUGAGCAAUGAUAAUGAUGAUGUUAAUAAUAUAAAUUUCAUGGACGAGCCAGCGUCGCAUGCACGUAAACGAAAAUUUAGUUAUAACAAAUCAACACCCGAGCCUUAUGACUACAGUUUACCGGUACAGCGGAGAGCAAUUGAAAGUGUACUGUCCGAUUCGUUGCAUCAACUAGAUAAUAGACUAAAUCAGCAACUGUGCGCUGCAAUCGAGAUAAGGGACCAAGGAGAAAAACAUGAAAUACCUCAUACAGAGCAACGCAUAGCUGAUAUAAUGAAAGAGCAUAAGAAACAACGAGAUAUGUACUUUAAUAUAACAACAGAAUUCGAACUUCACAGGCAGACUGAAACCAAAAGUGUACCGGCAAUAGAUACUGAGCUGAGUAAGGAAUUCAGUAACGAUACGAAUUUACCGCCAUGAUUAUUUAAUUUAUUUGAUUGUUGUUGAUUUAUUCUUUAAUUUAAUAAAGUCAGUAUCUUAUUGAUAAUCAAA